UGACGAUGAUGAUGAUGAUAAUGAAUUUAAUCAACUAAUUACAAGUGGCGAAAAUUAUAUUGGUAAUGAAUUAAGUUUUGAAAGAACAAUGAAUUUAUGGAAUCAAAUGUUAAAAAACGAAAUAUUAGAUGAUGAAUCUAAUUUAGAAGAUAAAAGUAAUGAAAUAGAGAAUUUUAAUAUUGAUAAUUAUCUUUUUAAAUAUAAGCAUUCUCAACGAGAUUCUACAGCAAAAUGGAGGCUAGAAAAAUUAUUUAGUGUAGAAUUAGAAGUGCUUGAAUAUGUAAACAAUUUAUAA